UUUGGUAUAAUUCGGUGCAGUUUCAUUACUAUUGUUGUGAAUUGUGAUGUGAUCGUCAUGGCGUCGAGGGUGUUGGGAGCGAUCCUGCGUAAAAACGCAGGAUUUUUCGGCACCGGCUGGUCGUCGCCGGCGAAUAAUGCGCCGGCGAUUGCCCACGUGCAACGUCGCAAUGCUCACCAAUGGAACCCGGAUCUCGAGUACCUGGAGAAGUUCAGCAGACCAUAUGUAUACACUCCGGAAAAGGUCAACUGGAAACCGCCGCCAGUGGAAUCCGGCGUUGCUGCCCCGAUUCCGGCGAAGCAGACGAUAGAGAAUAUAAAGCUGAAUUUCGGGCCGCAGCAUCCCGCCGCUCACGGCGUGCUCCGGCUGGUUUUGGAACUGGAGGGCGAGGUCGUGGUCACUGCCGACCCGCACAUCGGUCUUCUGCACCGCGGCACGGAGAAACUGAUCGAGUACAAGACCUACCUGCAGGCGUUGCCCUACUUCGACCGUCUGGAUUACGUGUCGAUGAUGUGCAAUGAGCAGUGUUUCUCCCUGGCCAUAGAGAAGCUGCUGAACAUCGAUGUGCCACUGCGCGCCAAGUACAUUCGUGUCCUCUUCGCGGAGAUUACGAGAAUCCUGAACCACAUUAUGGGCGUUGGAACGCAUGCGUUGGAUAUUGGCGCCAUGACCCCAUUCUUCUGGCUGUUUGAGGAACGUGAGAAGCUGAUGGAGUUCUAUGAGCGCGUGAGCGGCGCUCGCAUGCACGCGGCUUACAUACGACCCGGCGGUGUCUCGCUGGAUCUGCCGUUGGGCCUGAUGGACGACAUAUAUGAUUGGGCGUCGAAGUAUUCCGAGCGAUUGGACGAGGUGGAGGAUCUGCUGACGGACAACAGGAUCUGGCGGCAGCGCACGAUCGACGUCGGUGUCGUGAGUGCGGAAAACGCGUUGAACUGGGGAUUCAGCGGCGUGAUGUUACGGGGCUCCGGGAUAAAGUGGGAUCUGAGGAAAGUCGCACCUUACGACGCUUAUCAUCUGGUUGACUUCGACGUUCCGAUCGGCGCAAAUGGAGAUUGCUACGACAGGUAUCUCAUCCGUGUUGAGGAGAUGCGCCAGUCGCUGCGCAUCAUCCACCAAUGCUUGAACCGGAUGCCGGAAGGAGAAGUGCGAUGCGAUGACGCUAAGAUCGUGCCGCCACGUCGCGAGGAAAUGAAGACAAGCAUGGAGGCACUUAUCCAUCACUUCAAGCUGUACUCGCAGGGCUUCCAAGUGCCGCCAGGCGCUACGUACACCGCUAUCGAAGCGCCGAAGGGCGAGUUUGGCGUUUACCUCGUGAGCGACGGCAGCAGCAAGCCGUAUCGGUGCAAAAUCAAAGCGCCGGGUUUUGCGCAUCUGGCAGCUCUGCAGUACAUGGGGCCCAAGCACUUCCUCGCCGACGUCGUCGCCAUCAUUGGAACCAUGGAUGUAGUGUUUGGCGAGAUCGAUCGAUAACUUUCCAACGAUUAAUCAUUUGUAUAGUAUAAUAGACGUGUUUCAAAACUAAUUAAUAGAAAGAUUUACGUGUAUAUUGCAUGUAGGAAUCCUCGAAAUCGGCAAAUUCGCGCAGCAGUUACGCGCGACUAUGUGAUGGGUAUAGGUAAGUAUUGUACGUGUCUCAUCGCAAUAAAAAAAUGUUACUAUAGUUA